GUUUACCGCCGGUGUUGAUCUGACCACUGUGCAUAGAGGUGCGUGCAGGCCAUAGAGAGGUCGAAAGAAAGACGAGGGAUAGUUUGCAAGCUACCACACUACAAGAGCAAGCAGCAGCAGAAGGGCCAUCCCGUGUGAAGAGGGCAAAUCAAGCAUACCAACCAAAACGCCAUUCUGAAUGGUCCUCAAUGGCUACAACAAUCAAUCAAGCAAGAACAUCCAUUUCCAAAAUGUUUAAUGGAGAGCCCCGUUCGUACACACGCUUCAACUUGGCCCAAAACUCAGAUGCGGACAGUAGCCAAGUGGAGAUGAAACUGUCAUCGGAUGUUGACGAUGAAGUUGGAAACCCCGAAGAUGGUCAAGCCCGUGUCACCUACACGCAGAGUCCUCUACGUACCUACAAGAACAUCUGUUACCUGGCCCUGGGCACUUUGGUGGUCUUCAUCUUGGGUUAUCUUGUUGGUUAUGUCAGUCAUGCUGCCGCCUGCCCCACUGUGCCUACUGAGGAAGGUCAGGAUGAAGGGCUGGAGGUUGCACCCCUUCCGAGUAUGAAUUGGAAUGACAUCACCAACCUUCUGGAACAGAAGCUGUCCCCUAGUGCCUUCUCUACUAACUUCAGUGACUUCUCCCUCCCAAGGAACGUAAGCCAUGAGGCAGGAAGUGAUGGAGAUAACGAGCUUGCUAAUAAAGUCUUGGGUGUGUUCAAGGACUUGAACAUGAAGUCCUGGAAUGAUGAGCAUUUUGUCAAGCUACCACAUCCAUCCAGUGACAACCCAAAUAAAGUCCUUUUUGGUACUGAAGUAAUCGGAACAACCAAAGGUUACUUGGCUUACAGUGAAGUUGGAACUGCAACGGGCAGAGUGGUGUAUGCAAACUAUGGUACACUAGAUGAUUUCUUAUAUUUAGACAAGAAGGUAGACGUCAACAGCAGUGUCCUGCUGCUAAGGGCUGGCAACAUCAGUUUUGCAGAAAAAGUUGCUAAUGCUGCUAAAUAUGGGGCAGUGGCAGUGCUGAUCUACCCUGAUCCUUCUAACUACAACUUUGCAGGCUCCACAGAACUUUACGGACAUGUCCACUUGGGCUCUGGAGACCCCUACACACCAGGGAUGCCAUCGUUUAAAAACACCCAGUUCCCCCCUGCUAGGUCUUCAGGCCUCCCUACUAUUGUAGCACAGACAAUUACUGCAGAUAUAGCCCUCAAGAUCUUCCAGAAGAUGGGAGGUGAUCCUGCUCCCAAUUCCUUUAAAGGCUCCCUCGGGACACCAUACAAACUGGGCAGUGUAGAUAACGUGGUGACUGUGACUGUCAGCAGUACUCUCAAUGAAACAGCCAUCCACAACAUAUUUGGUGUAAUCAAGGGAAAUGAAGAGCCAGAUCAUUAUGUUGUCAUUGGUGCACAGAGGGACUCCUGGGGCCCGGGUGCUGCAAAGUCCACUGUGGGCACCACUGUGUUGGUGGAGCUGGCCAGAGCAAUCUCUGAGAUGACCAGAAACGAUCACCUCAGCCUCAGGAGGAGCCUUGUUUUUGCCAGCUGGAGUGCUGGCGAGUAUGGAAGCGUUGGAGCUACUGAGUGGCAGGAGGGGUACUUGUCAUCUCUGAACAUGAAAGCCAUCACCUAUAUCAAUCUGGAUGGAGUUGUUAUAGGUCGUCAGAAGUUCAAGGCCUCUGCAAGCCCAUUGUUAUAUGAUCUACUGCAGAAGUCUUUGAAGCAGGUGAAGAGCCCAUUUAACACUGGCAAGACUCUGUAUGAUGAUCACGCUGCAUCAAACUGGGAGACCUCUAUACUUGAAGCUAUGAAAAUGGAUGAUGCUGCUUACCCCUUCAUGGCUCUUUCUGGCAUCCCAUCUAUCUCAUUCCGUUUCUGUGGGGAGUACCCGUACCUCGGAACCACCCUGGACACAUUUGACCACCUUCAGGCUUCCACAAGCUACAAGUAUGCUGAAUUGGCAGUGGCAGCUGCGAAUGUAGCUGGUCAGAUGGCCCUACGACUGGCUCAUGACCACCUGGUGCCCCUGAAUGUGGCACGAUCCGGAACUGAGAUCAGGAAGAAAGUGAUUGACAUCAACAGACGUGUCAACCAACUCAAGAAUGCUCUGGGGUUGAAUUCGACUCUGGCUAAGGGUUUGUCUGUCCAAUGGCUAAACACUGCCAUCGGCUCCUAUGGCCGUGCUGCCCGUGAUCUCCAGUACACCAUUGAUAACAGCGACCUGGAAAACAUGGAAAUGCGUCGCAUCAUCAAUGACCGCAUCAUAAAGGUGGAGCAUAAUCUGCUCUCUCCCUAUGUGUCUGUGAGAGAUGUGCCUUUUCGCCACAUCCUCUUUGGCUCAGGAUGUCACACAAUCCAAACUCUGCUGGACCAUCUUGAUGCCCUCAAACAGAAUGCUCCGGAGUCCGAUGCCGAUCUCUUCCGCAACCAGUUUGCCUGGGCUACCUGGACAAUUCAGAGUUGUGCCAACGACCUCGCAGGUCCUGUCUGGGAAAUUAAUAAUGAAAUCUAAGUUUGUUUGUGAUGACAUCAUGAAAGUGUGUUAAACCUAGUCCUCCAGUUUGAUCAAGAAAAACAUUUCUUCCAUUUUUUUGCACUCGAAGUAGCACUUAAUGAAUUUAUCUAGAACAUUUGAUUUUGGCUGUCUCAUUGCUUCAGUAGAGCAACAUAAGACAUAAGAAAAUAUUCAAACAACUUAGAUAACUUACAUGCAGCAUUUAAUUUGAGACGUUACAUUACAUUUCACUAUAAAUUCAUGGACAAAAUUGUAGUACUAAAUUAUGAAGAAAACAUUAGCUAAUAUUUUAUGAAAAAUAUCUAUUCUCAAUUGAAAUGAAAUAGCAGAUGCAGUAGUAGGUAUAGGGUUGGUUCUCAAGCACAAAACUGUUCUGACAAGACUACUCUCAUCUUGAAGAGAAGUACCUAUUUUUUGUUACAUCAGUCAUAAAACUGCACUGAAGUUCCAUAGAUUAGUCAAACUUUAAUCUGUCUUUGUGCAGCUUCACCCAAGUUGCGACAUUAACCUGCUGUAUCAUCAGAUUCAUGUUUUUGUUGGGGUGUUUUUCCUUUUUUUGUAUUCGGAAGGUCAGUUUGAUGUAAAUGAGAUUUCUGACACUGGCUGAUGAUGGGGGAUCCACAACCAGCCUCAUUGCCUUUUAGCACUGGUCUGAGACCCCAAAAACCAAAGCCCAGGUUGCUUAAUGGGGGGGGCCACUCUGCCUUCGCCAUGUUCUAAUGCAUCAACCCUACCCUUACCCAUAUGAAUUGUAUUUAUUAUCUAUUUAUUUAUCAGUGGCAGUGUUCACUAUAAAUAGUAUUUCUAUUUUAUUUUACAAAAUUAUCGGAAGCAGUGCCUUCCAUAAUUGUGACGGUUAUACUGUCGGUUUAUAAAAGCAGCAUCUGCUAUGGAAAUACAUGUUACCAACAACUGUUACUAGAAACUGGUCAAGGGUGCUUGAUAUGGAGGGUCUACCCAACACUAAAGUUGAUUUUUAAUUGCACGUGGUUGUCUGAAGAGUGCCACGUUGGCAGUUGUCUUGAAAUAUGACCACAAGCCAAGUGUCAAGGGCACAAUGGAGGUUAGAGUGAAUGUAAGAAAAUUUAGUUAAUAUUGUAAACUGAAAGUCAUUUGGAGCUACCUGAUCUCAAAUUGCCAAUUCUCGUCUUCACUUUGAUGGGGAUACGAAAAGUUGAACAACUUUUCCUCAACUGAUUUAAGCCAUUUCUGUGAUCAAGCAAUUUUUGGAACAUUGAUAUUUUCUGAUCCCAAAACAUUAUCGGGAGCAGUGUCUUCCAUAAUGUGAAGUGUUGAAGGUAGUUUUUGCCUACCAGCGUGUAUAUAUCGGGGGCAGUGUUCCUCAUAUUUCACUUGUAGGGUGGAUAAACUUAUCGGGAACAGUGUUUCCCAUAGUUUUUAUAUAUAUAUAUUGUUUUUCAUUUUUCUGAGCGUUGUUUUGCUGUGUGCAUUUCUUAAUGAUUUUGUUCCUUUAGGUCUGUAAUGUUUAGUGUUAACUAACUUGUCUAUUGUGUUGUUACAAAUCAGUUGUGCAUCCUUUGGUGUUUACCAGGCUACAAAGUGUAUUUUGACUAAAACAUAAUUUCUUACAUGGAAGACUUGAUGUGAUAGUUACACGCAUGCUCUGUAGCUCUGUUUUUCUAAAGAAAACAUAAGAGGUAAUCAAUAGUUCGGAGAAUUUUCAAGUUUGUCUUUAAUCUGAAGGCAUACCUCUGUCCAUAUUCAGACAUGUAACAGUCUUUCCUGUGUUUUAUCUAAUUUCAAGUCAUUAUUCAUAUAAUGAAUUACUGUCUGUUAAUAGUAAAGACCAAAUAUUUUCUGGAAUAUAUUUGAUGUAUCUUCAGUGGUCAUUGACUAGUUCAUGCCAGGGGUUUGCUCAUGUAAAAUGUAUGCUCAUACCUAUAAUGUACAUUUUAAUCUGCUGUUUCUUUCUGGACUUGCACACUCUUUUGCUUGUAUGUGGAUCUCUGCGUAUUCUCUGCUCAUUAAAUGCAAUUAUAUUAUUGUAGGGAUAAAUCUUUUUUUUUUUUUAACUGUAAAAUUGACAUUGGUAUUUGGAUCUCAAAUUUCAAAAGGUUAUAAGAUGAAAAUGUGAUAUGGGAAAAAAGUAAAUUGAGGAGAUAAAAAGUAGGACCUUUUCUGUCGCUUAUUUAAUAAACUUGUUCAACUUUA